CAAGGGAAUUACACUAAACCUCCACCCAAAUCCCACUAACGCACGCCCUCAAUAGCCUCGCCCCGCCCUACAACGCCUACUGCGGACUGUCCGGAAAGUGCCACAAUCAAUACCGGCAUAUCAGUUUCACCACAAUACUACUCCAACCACUCCAACCGCACAAUCCCACACACAAACACUCAGAAAUCUGAUUGAUGGCCGAACCAUCCCCCCUCCUUGCUCCCCCAUGCCCUUCAUAGCCCCAUCGCCAUCUCCAUCUCCAUCUGCCCCCAUAUGCCAUCCUUCCUCUUUAAUCCCUCCGCUCCGCACACCACCUGGUUGACCCACGACAAACUUCACCUUGACAUCCUGCCAUGCGCCUGCUGUGAUUGCCCCGUAGGGGUCCAAACCCGCCGAAGCUAUGGAUGCCGCCGGUCCUGCCGCCGAGCUACACCAGGGGACUAGCCGCGACGACGACGAGACGCUUGUAGAUGCCCCCACCGAGGCCUCUGCGGCAAAGAAUGCGGCCAAUGCACGAGCGUCGCGACGGCGGACGAAGACGGGGUGCCUGACUUGCCGACGACGGCGAAUAAAAUGCGGCGAGGAGCGCCCUACCUGUGGCAAUUGCAUCAAGUCGAAGCGCCAAUGCGAGGGGUAUAACCAACGUGUUAUCUUCAAAGAUCCAUUGAACACCUACCGAGGCCCGACUAGCAGCAUUGCGACCCAUUCGGGAUUCGUUGCGAGGCCCAUACGACAGCAGGGCUCACUGGGCGCUCAUGGCCGGCCUGUACAAUCGAAGGUUCCCGGGGGAGCGUCACAGCAAAACAUCCCGCCUCGGGCCGGAGGUUCUUCACAAUCAGAUACCAGCAGACCUGCGACCGUCUUCCAGGGCUUCGUUCACAAUGAUUCCGCUACUUUUCAACCGCAGCAGAGCGUAGUCAAUCCUUUGCGCCGAGAAUCGGAGAUCAGCCAUGGAGGGUCAGAAGCACCCGCGCAAUGGGACAAUCCCGUGAAUAGUGUGCCAGUCUCCAGUCCAUUGGAUGCCCAAUGGAUCACAGCUCCACAGCCACCUCAAUAUCACCAUGAGCCUACGUACUCGGAGGUGUACGAAGAUCAAGCCCAGAUGACACAUGAUUCGUAUUUGGGCGACAUACCGAUGCAGCAGUCCCACGAUACGGGCAACAGAAGCGCUGACCUGAGUAACCGUUCGUCGGUGUCCCAGGGUCAUGUAGACGACAUCAGUUAUGUACAGGGUUAUCAGCAAGAGUACCAAGCCCCGACUCAGCAAGGUGCCUGGAGCCAAGUAGCCCGCCCUAUUAUGUCGUCGCCGCCAUACGAGCCAGUCACCAAUGAAUUCUAUGACACGAGAAAUCCAAUCCAUAGAACAGACGAGGAGGACGAAGACGACGAUGAUAGCGAUCCAUUCGACGUUUCUGACGACGAGGAUGAAGACGAAGAACCACGCAAUGGCGGAGCUCAUUUUGACCCCAGGUCACGAGAAAUCCAGAGGCUCAGAAGAGACAAUGAGCUCGCAACCGUUAUGGCUAUUCAAGCGGCGCAAACUCGAGAAGAUACACGGAUUCGAACAUAUCACUCUGUGAUAGAAAACUACGGCCCGAAUAUGCUUGCUAGCUAUUAUCCUUCAGCUCGGGACUCGCCGUUGAGCAAUCCUAUUGCUGCGGGCAUAUUUUGCCAUUUCAUCAAUGUUAUUGCACCGAGUUUGUCCAUGUUUGAACGUCACCCUGUGAACCCAUCUAUUGUGUUUCGAGGGAAUCCUGUGCCGAAGUCUCAGCAGCAUAUCUGGUCUUAUACCAUGCCUACUAUUGCACUUCGGAACCAUGCCCUCUGCCACGCGAUGUUGGCAAUGGCAAGUCUCCAUAUCGCAAAGCUAGAAAACGGACCCAUCACCGUAUCACUAAGGCAUUACCAUAUUGCUAUUAGGAAGCUGGCAAAGAACGUUGGCUCCUCCACCAGACGCAAACAGCUCGCAACUUUAGCUACCACACUACUUCUUGGAUUCUACGAGGUUAUCUCUGCAGACCAUAGUAAAUGGUGUGACCAUCUGCUUGGAGCACAUCAACUGGUCAAGCAGAUUGAUUUUUCUGGAAUAACUCGAUAUUUAAAGACCAAGAAGGCAUACAUGGCAAAUCUGCCACCUCAAAAUGUAUAUUAUGGCGGCGACAUGUCCUCUGAUACCCCGAUCGUAUAUGGCCACGAUAGCAUGGAAGAUUCGAGUCUAUCUAUGAACGAUGAAGUUGACGAGAAUCUAGUGGGAAUUAUCAUGGGAAAGCAGAUCAGAUAUGCCGAAUACGGAGAGAUUAUUGAGGACCCUGAUGGACCGUAUAUGGGAAAUAAAAGGUUUACGCAGCGCGAACUGGAUCUAUUUGAUACCCAACAGGAUCUUUUUUGGUGGUAUACCAAGCAGGACGUCUUUCAGAGCAUUCUCAGCCAAAAUAGGCUAUUUUUAAACUACGAUAGAUGGAGUCACUGUCCUCCGCGAGCACCCCUAGGUCGCCGUGAUGCUGUAUAUGGUACAUUCGACCAUCUGGUGCUGCUGCUAGGAAGACUAUGCUGUUUUGCCGCCAAAGACGUGAGGCGCAAGAAGAGAGCAAUGGCGGCUAACAGAGGGCAAUGGGGACCGCCUCCAGGCGCACCUGGGGGUCCAAAUCCAGGGCCACCAAUGCCUCCUAAUCAGCAGCCUCAAGGUGGGCGAGGAAUGCCGCCUAUGCCCGGAAUGCCUCCCAAUCAGCAACCUCAAGGCGGACCGGGAAUGCCUAUGCCUCCAGGCGGGCGAGGAAUGCCUAUGUCAGCAAUGCCUUCAUUCGCCGGUAUGCUACCAGGCAUCCGCAAAGCUUCAUUACCAAGAGGAUUCAGCCCAUCAAGUGAAGACUCGCCGCCGGCAAAUAGCGAUGAAGGCGACGAACGCCUCAGCGAGCAAACUGCCAAGGCCGAAGAGGAGUGGAACGGUAUCCGAAGCGUGUUCGGCAUGUUCGAACAGCACCUGGGACCGGAUUUUGCACCCCUCGGACCUGAAUACGCCCAGGAAAUCCCAUCGCCUUUCGGCCCAGCAAUUCAAUAUCGUACUUACGGUAUGGCUUUGAUGUGGCUCACGUACUACAUGGGUCUUAUUGUCUGCCACAGAUCGCAUCCUUCGAUGCCCCCAUCAGCGAUGAUGGCAGCUGGGUUUGCCGCGCAACAAACGGGAUUGUUUGCGAAUACGAUUGGCCGGAUAUCAGCUGGUAUAACAGCCGAUACAUCGUCAGCGACGCGAGUGAAUGUUGGAACCGGUGCAGCCCUCAACGACUCCUGCUUUGCCCUUUUUGUCGCUGGAGUCCAAGUACAAGAUCAAGCCCAGCGACACUGGGUUGUUCAGCGGUGUCUGGAUAUAGAGCGUCUCACUGGGUUCGAGACAGCUAGCCACAUCGCCCGAGGCUGCGAGACCUCGUGGACAAGAGCCGCGGCGAUGGGUAAAGGGGCUCCUUAUACGCGGUAUACGGAGCAGGCCCCUGUAGACAAGGUGUGGAGCCGAGCAGGUCAGAGGCUGGAGAGGAUGAGGAUCACUGCUGGAGAAGAGCAGCAUGUGCAUCCCCAGAGCACUGAGAGGGUGGGAAGAGUCCAGUUCGCAGUUGGUAUUCUUGGAGUCACGAGCCACUUCGGGAAGCUGGAUUUAGAAAGUGAUGAUGAAGAAGAUCGAUGAAUGCAUGGCGUGGGAGUAGGUUUAAUGGAAGCAAGCGGACAUUGGUGGUGUUUUGGGUUCCAUCGCAUCUACGGGGCGGUAAACUUCAGUGUGCAAUCAAUUCAAAAUUAUGACC